UUUUUUGGAGGCAAUCAGCUUUGAAAUCAGCAUAUUUUGUGUUAUGGUUUGCAUAAUAUCACAAAGUACUAGGGAAGUGAAUUGAUGUUAGCUUUAGCUGUCAGCUAGCAAGGAAAGUUAGCCUUCAAAGCUUGAAGCUACUGUAUCUUUUUGCAUUGUAAGGUGUUCUAGCCUGUAUGGACAUUGUUUUCUGAACAGUUAUGAACAGUUUAAACAUUUCUACAUGCUGUGUCACAUUAUUCAAGUGUGUUAACUUCGGUGCAACAUGAUGGUUGAGCUAACAGAAUGCAGCCCAGACUCCCAGUGCAGGCUUUUUACAGAAGUACCGAAAGUAACAACAAUUCUACUGUCCAAAGUUUUCCAGAAGAAUGUGGAAGAUGAGAUGGAGAUGAGGGCAGCGAUUCAGGCCAUGAAGAAGGAGCUUUCUUCCAUCAACAUGAUGGAUGAGUUCGCCAGGUACGCACGGCUCGAGCGCAAGAUCAACAAGAUGACGGACAAGUUGAAGACUUAUGUUAAAUCCAGAACUGGUCAGCAGACCAAAAUCAAGUGGGUCGUCAACAUAGUGUACUAUAUUCUGCAGGCUGUGCUGAUGAUCUCUCUGAUCUGGAAAUACUAUGUUGACCCAGUGACGGUCUUGCCCAGUAAGUGGAUUUCUCCUCUAGAGCGAAUGGUGGCCUUCCCAUCUGGAGUAGCAGGUGGUGUUGGAAUCACAUGCUGGCUCGUUGUUUGUAACAGGGUAGUGGCUAUAAUUCUCCAAGCGGUGGCUUGACAGCCUGAACUGUACUGUCUACUGUGAGACCAAAUUAUGCAAUUGUUGUUACCUUUGUUGCUAUUUCGUUCAAUUUAAUGAGAAGGUUUGUAAAUAUUUUUCAUACACUGGCCUUGAUAUUUAAAUGUUUUAUGUUGAGACUGUUUCUUUUAUUUUGAUAAACCAGCAGGGUUGUUUUGUUGCAUUUUCUUUCUUUACAAAUCCAUUCCUCUUCAUGAAACUAGUGUGAAAAAUUGUGGCUUAAUACUUUGGUUACAAUUUGUUUGUUUUCUGAAGGAUUCAAGCCAUAUCAUUAUUUUACCCACAUGACAGUGUUCUGCUUUCCAUUUGUGUUUGUUGGUUGCCUACUUUUCUAACCCUCUUCCAGAAUUAUUCUUCUAGUUGACAUAUCAAUAAAAACAUGCCAAACAUUA